AUGCUGGAUGCCUUAAAUGAACUACCUAAGGAGAUAGAGAUACAAGCGAUCCUACGCUUCCCUCCAAUUGAUCGGCGCUACAAGUUUCUACUUAUGGACACAUUCAUGUACAAAUGUCUGGGUGUGUUGGGCACACAGGAUCCGAACUUGUAUAUGGAUAUGAAAUUCCAGAUACAUGUUCAAGUUUACAGAGGCGGUCAAAAGUAUACAGUGGAAGAUACAUUCGAGUGGUACGCUAGUACCGGUUGCAUAGGUGCGGUAUCAAAAUAUGCAUACACAGGCUUAAAUGAACACCUCCAAGUCGGUAAUGCAGCUGUAGUAAUACUACAGGGCAAAUUAUACGGCGAAGAAGAUUAUCCUGUCCGCGUUGCACUACUCGCCAUACUGGUAGAGGACAGUGUUGUUUCGAUUGUAAGGCACGACACAUUGAAUCCAACUCCGUUCGUAAACUUGACGGACAAAAACUGAUCCCUAUGAGAAACUA